GGCACACACACUGCGCCCAGCACACACACUGAUACAAUGUAUCAGCCAGUGACCGAGCACAUCCGCUGGAAGCAGGCACGCCCGCAUACACCUGUCAGGAGUGGGAGGGCCGGCUGAGGUGGGGGCGGGAGCCCCGGCUGAGGUGGGUACCCUGCAGAAGAAGAAGCCUCCUGUGGGCUGUGUGACCCGGCAUAUCAGCAGCAGCCGUCAGCAUGAGCGUCAUUGAGCAUAAGAGUGCGGGGAAACAGGUGACCAGCGCCCUGCAGAGUCUAUCCCCUAUCGUGCAGCUAAAUAUCGGUGGUGAUGUCUACACCACAACUUUGGCAACACUCAAGAAGUACCAGGGGUCCAAGCUGUUUGAGAUGUUCAACGGGCAGCCGAAGCUCCGCACGGAUUCUGCCGGGAGGUACUUCAUUGACAGAGAGGGGAAGCAUUUUGCGCACAUCCUGGAGUACCUGCGUAAUGGCCAAGUGCCCAGUCAGUGCAUCCUGGAGGUGUACAAGGAGGCCCUGUUCUACGAAAUCCAGCCCCUGGUGAAGAAGUUGGAGGAGACCCCUCAGAUCUUUGGGGAACAGGUUGGGAGGAAGCAGUUCCUGGCGCGAGUACCCAACUACAGUGAGAACAUCGAGGUGAUGAUCCGUAUCGCAAGGGCGGAGGUGGUGGCAUCGCGCUACUCCAACGUCAUUGUGUGCGUUGUGAGGACUGAUGAGGACGCGUCCAAGUGUCAUGAUGCCCUGAACACGCUCGACAUGGACAAGGAGUCCGUAGUCAAGUUUGGGCCUUGGAAGGCCUCGCCGGGAAUCUCUGACCUCCUGGACUGUAUCAAGGUGGACAUAGAGGACAAAGGCUACAAGGUGUCCUACACGAAUCAUGUCGCCGACAAAGGAUUUCGAUUUAAAUCCUAUGACUUUUUUUACAAGUUUUUAUUCACAUGGUGGUGAAUACGUGGGGAUGGAGAAGACCUCCAGAGGAGGGGAAGCCAGAUAUGGGUCAUAUUGCUUUCUGCAGGACAUGGUGCCAUCCUACAAGGAACAUAAAAUUAAUGCAGAUAUCACGCCCAAUGGUUUAUGACCAGGGCUAUGCGUGCUCCCGAUUCUCCAUUUUAUGAAAAUCAGGCACAAGAAUUAUUUCGCCAAAGACCUGUGAGAAUUUUGUAAAAAAAGAAAAGGGGAGGGGGGGGCCUGUACCCCAGAAAACUACAAAUAAAUAUUGGGUAACAGUAUAGAGGUAUAAAUAAAAAAAUAUUUUUAGCUUUUAAGAUAUUUAAAAUGGCUGAUUUAUUACAUAUUUGUAAAAAAUUCUAAAAAGCUAUUUUGUUUUUCCAUUUAAAUAAAUACUUUAGUAACAUUUGGGGGUCAUUUGAGGCCACUUUAAAAAAAAACACAAAAACCUCCCACCUGCAAUGUUUGAAACCCCUGUCCCAUCCAUACAACACCCCCAUAUACCUGUACCAUCCAUACAGCACCCCUAUAUCCAUCCCACAUCUUUUAACCCAUUAUUCUGCACUUUUCAAAAUUUCACCCCAAUAAUGACAAUUAUUAGCCUAAUGUAAAUUAACUGAUAACUUCCAAUUGUCAAAUUUGUUAUAAGGGGCUGGGGGGAUAGUGGUGUCCAUGAGGUUCUGAACCAAGUCCUGACAUUGCUACCUUUUAAAAUAACCAUUUUUUCUAAGUUUGCUCCUGGUCUGAGCUGCAAGGUAAAAACGUAUUAAUUCCCAUAGUCAUUAGUGUUGAUAAAAUUCUUGCAUCUAAUUGACUAGCACAAAAAAUAAAAUUACCACUUUCAACUGAAUGUCUAGUUCAGACUUAGGCAAACUCCGCCCCUUUACAUCUAGAACUACAAGUCACAGGACACCUUGCUAGCUCAAGGCAAGUUGGGACUUGGCGUUCUACAACAGGUGGCGAGCUACAGUUACGCUACUUUUAGGGGGUAAUUCAGACCUGGUCGUAGAUAUGCUAAAUUUAGCACAUCUACGAUCAUAUACUCUGACGCCCCUCAUGUCAGGCCCUCCCCCUCCUCCCCGCACAGGUACAAAAGCAUCGCUCAGCGGCGAUGCUUUUGUAUCUGACGAGUAGCUUCCUGCCAGCGCAGUUCCUGCGUGCUGGCAGCCCUCUACUCGGCACGUCCCAGGUCCGCCCCCACCCACAACAGUCCGGACACACCUUCGUUCAGGCAGAGGCGUUCGCACCAGUGAGAUGGGCUCCUGUGGUACGCACUCCACAAAGUAAUUCAGUCUGGGAUCGCUGAAUAACCCCCUUAGUCCAUUUCCCGUGCCUCCAAACAUGGAAAUGUUCAACACAGGAGUAGGCUACAUACAGCAUCCCAGCUGCUGUGAGACUACACAUCCCAGAAUUCCCUGACAAAGUUUUGAAGUUAGGGCAUGCUAAAACCAUGGCAGGGCAUUCUGGUAUGUGUAGUCCCACAGCAGCUGGCAUACCGGACUUUGCCUACCCCUGGUCCAGCUAAUGAAAUGUCAUUUUUUUUUUCCCUCUGGUUUCUAGAUAUGUGACGCAGAAAGUACCUAUGUGAUGACUCUAGUCAGUGUUCACUUUGCCCUUCAUGGGCCGGCCCUGCCCACAUGUGCUGCAAGACAUCUUUAUAGGUUAGGGAGGAAGUGGAUCAUGGAGUCUGGGAUAAAAAAUAAAUGGUGGUUUCUGCCUAGAUUUAGGAAGUCGGAUCUGCAUUCCCAUAGCGACGGUGCAGGCAGGGGCGGCCAACCAUAGGUUGAGCAUAGUAAGGACUUGUUAAUGUAAUUGCGGCACAACUGGGCACGGAGGCAUCCGCGGAUACCCUAUUUAGGAGGUGCAGCUCUUGUGGGUACUGAUGGCUGGUGUAAUUCUGAUAAUGACUGUCAGCUGGAGUAUUUAGUGUCUAUUUAUUGUCUGACUGAGUAUUGACUUCUCUAGGUGAUAGUACUUUAUGCAGAUUCCCAUUUGAUUAUGAAAGGGAACACGACCGAUGUUUUUAUAUAAUUACAUUUAAUAUUGAAUAUCCGGGUCACAAGUGUGCUCACCUGUAAAUAUGCCCCAUGACGUCUGAGAAACUGGACAGGGUGACAUCUCAUAUUAAUGUAAUGGUGUUUAGGCACUGGGUUCUCUAUACAAUCACUGUUUAUAUUAAUCUACCUCACAAACUCUAUAUUGCAACUUGUGUGUGUGUAUAUAUAUCUCCCAUUGAGCAUAUUUUCUGCAAUCAAUGUAUAUGUCUGGUCUCAUCCCUUUUUUUUCCUUUGAUGUCAUAGUAUACGUAAAAUGAAUGUACUUUUUUUUUUUCCCUGUGCAAAUUAAUAUAUUUUGUUAUUUUAAUAAAGAUUUGUUUUUCAAACAA